AUGUCUCAUGGCAUAAGUCUGAGCAAGACUCAGCGUCCUUCGACGACUGAUGAGAAAGACCAUGCGUCAGCUAUUGGAUCCAUCCUGUAUGCCAUGAUAUGUACUAGACCAGAUGUUUCCUAUGCUUUGAGUAUGACCAGUAGAUACCAAGCAAAUCCAGGUGAUGACCAUUGGACUGCUGUGAAGAAUAUUCUAAAGUACCUUAACAGGACUAAAGAAAAAUUCUUAGUUUAUGGAGGAGAGGAUAAGCUAAGUAUAAAAGGUUAUACUGAUGCUAGUUUCCAAACAGAUAAGGAUGAUUUUCGAUCGCAGUCGGGAUUCAUAUUUUGUUUAAAUGGAGGAGCGGUGAGUUGGAAAAGUUCCAAACAGAGCACCAUAGCAGAUUCUACAACUGAAGCUGAGUAUAUUGUGCAUCAGAAGCAGCAAAAGAAGCUGUCUGGAUUAAGAAGUUCAUUUUGA